AUGGCCUCCCUACGGCAGCCCUCAUGGCGAACCUGCCAAUCCCUCAGCCGUCACCUGCGCACGAACCCAAACCCCCGACACUUCUCCACCACCCCCCUCCGCACCAAUGCUGCCAAAAACCCGCUCCGCCGCGCAUCCCCGGCAGCAGAUAUGCAACAAGCCUCCAACGCACAGCGCAAGAUGAUUCUCUCUGCAGCAGGAAUCGUCACCUGCGCAGUAGGUCUCUAUGGCACAAUCAAGCUUGAUCUCUUCGGGCUCGAAGAAAUCGAGAAGAACAAGAAAGAAGCCAAGACCAAUACCCUCCAAAUGGACGGUCCGGCAGGUUUCACAAAUGGUGGCCCUUCCGUAAUUACCAUCCAGGGUCAAGAUGGCCUCGAGCAGGUCCCAACAGGGACUAGUACAAUCCCACAUUUCCCCAGUACAAUCCGUCUCCCCUCUUCAGCCCAAACAGAAGGCAAGCAAGCCGGCGACGAGCUUGGCCCCUCUGACGGCGACGAAUACCAACUCCUCGGCCUGGGUAUCCGUACAGUCUCCUUCCUCUCUAUCCAGGUCUACGUCGUUGGCCUGUACGUCGCCAAAAGCGACAUCACCGAGCUCCAGACCCGUCUCAUCCGUACAGCAAUCCACCCACCCACCGACUCCGAAGCCCCGAUUACCGGCGCGGGCGCCGAGUCCGCGACAUCCCUUGUGCCCCCAGAGCGAAAACAACUCAAGGAACUCCUGUUGGACGCGGAGCGCGGCGAUGCAGCUUGGUCUGCGAUUCUAAAGGACAAUGGAAUCCGCACAGCUUUCCGGAUCGUCCCGACGCGUAACACGGAUUUCAUGCAUUUGCGCGAUGGGUGGGUGCGUGGAAUCACUGCGAAGGCCAAGGCCAUGGCUGGGGAAUUUGCGGAUGAGACAUUUGGAUCCUCUAUGAAUGAUUUCAAGGCUGUUUUUGGUUCCGGGAAAGGAAAGUCUGUGCCGAAGGGCCAGACUCUGGUUCUUAUGCGUGAUCAGCGAGGCGCGCUGGAUGCGCUGUUCCAACCUGCGGCUGAUAAGCCGGUUACGUGGAUGGGGCGGGUUGGGGAUGAGAGGGUGAGUCGACUUGUUUGGUUGAAUUACCUGGCUGGGAAGACGGUUUCCAGUGAAGGCGCCAGGGCGAGUAUUGUUGAUGGGUUGAUGACGAUUGUUGAACGGCCGCUUGGAACUGUGGUGCAGAAGGUCAUCUAA